UAAAGAAAACCAGAUUCUUCUAACACACCCGUUUUGUUUGCUUUUCUCUAGCUUUGUGGGCCUUCGAAUAUGUUUCUUCGUAUAUUUCCGUAAGGCCGACAUUUUGAUAUACAUAUGUACAGUGGUUUGGAGAUUCGAUAUACUGAGCUGGAGCCAAUACUUACGACUUUAUCAAAACCUUAUGCUGAAGCUAUUGUUCAAAGGGUAAAGGCUUUAAAUCAAACAAUUCAGGGACGCUCGAAAACUCGACCAAAACGGAAGCCUGAUAUUAGAGAUGUAUUUCGGGAUUUUGAUUACCACAGAAAUUUAAUACCAGUCGGAUAAGGAGAAAAUCUUCAUAUUGACAUAUGUAAGUACAUAUAUUAUCCUCAAAAAGAAAUAUUUAUAACCUGGAAACACUUUUAUUCAAAAUUCCA